AUGACACGCGAUAUCAAAUUAUGGUGCAAGGCAUGCGAAGCUUGCCAAAGAGGAAAAAUCGGCCGACACACAAAAUCACCAACAGGCCAGAUUCCACUGCCAACACAACGGUUUGCCGACAUCAAUGUUGACAUCGUAGGACCCCUCAACCCUCCCUGCGAAGGCAAAAAUUCUCUAUUCACAAUCAUCGACAAAUGGACGGGUUACAUGACAGCAAUGCCAAUGUCAGCCCAUGGAUCAGGAGCUUCAGCUGAGGCAUGUGCAAAACACCUGGUAAACUGGUGUGCCUCCUUUGGUGUCCCAAUUUCCAUCACAUCAGAUAGAGGAAGCCAAUUUACAAGCAGACUGUGGGAGUCCACAACAAAGGCAUUGAACAUCAACCAUAGACUCACGACAGCAUAUAACCCUCGCCACAAUGGAAAAGUCGAGCGAAUGCACCGCAGCCUGAAGAACGCUCUACGAACGAGACUAGAUGGACAA